AUGCACGCUGCCGCGGAUGUCGAGGCGGAAACCGAGGCCGAGGCGGCGGCAGCCGCUGCCGCCGCCAGCGACGACAGCAAGGCCCACAGUGUGGGCCUAGGCAUGCACAUCCGCGGGCGUUCCGCGUUCAAGGAGGGCCUCACAGAUGAGGAUGACCCCGCCCGCUUCCUCUUUCACCAGUCGUUGAGCCAGGCAGCGCUGGCGGGCAACUGGGCCGCCGCCGAGGCGGCCGUGGAGGAGAUGGCGCAGGCGGGUUACGUGCCUGGCCCGCGAGCCUACCACGCGCUGGUGUUCAGCUAUGUCAAGGCUCGCAAUGCGAGUGGCGCGCUUGGGUCCAUUCGGCAGUGCUGGGACGCCGGCAUCACGCCGCUGCCUGAGACCUACGCUGCGGUGGUGGCAGCGCACGUGGCAGUGGGCGACCUGGAUACAGCCGAGGCAGUGUGCGCGAGCAACCGCCGUGCGGGUGUAGAUUGCAGCAAGAGCUGGCAGCAGCUGGUGGCAGCGCUGCUAAGGGCGGGGGAGCUCGAGAAGGCCAACGACAUGCUGAGCCAGGGAGAAGCUGAGGGCAUGCAGCCCAGUGAGGCUGUGUAUGAAGCCCUGAUCCAGCAGAUGUGCUUGGAGCACAACUUGGAAGGCGCUACAAAUCAUCUGCAAGCCAUGAAAGAGCGUGGCCUGCAGCCCUCGCUGGCCCACUACGAGCCCGUCAUCUCUGAGCAUGCCAUCCGUGGCGACACGCAAGAGGCACAGCGCUUGCUGAUUGACCUGUUGAGUUCUAACACCACCCUUCCGGUUGGCACACUUGCUGUGUGCUACACAGUGUUUGAGGCACAGCUGCGGGCUUCCCAGACAGUGGCAGAGGUGACAGAGUAUGAACGCCGCAUGAAGCAGAUGCUGCUGCGCCACGCCAACCUGCCCGCUGAGCUGUACGAGGUUCUGUCAGCAAUGAGCCGCGAGGAGAGGGCGAUCCCCCCGGUUGCCAUGCAUACAGACCAGCACGGCUGCACAGUGUUGGGGGCUUGGGUGCGGUUUCGCCUGGGCCAGACAGAUGACCCGCUGCCAGGCGAGGCGCAGGACCCCACGGCGGUGGGGCAGCCAGCCAGUGGCAGCAGUGCGGCUGUGAGCGGCACCAUGGACAUUGAUGGCGUGCAUGUGGACCCAUUGCUGCUGUCAGUGGUGGAUCCGGCAGGCAACCCGGUAGCGGUGUCGCGCAUGUCGGUGAAGGAGCUGCGCGCUGAGCUGGUGGCACGUCGGGCAACAGUGUCGGGCAACAAGAAGGACCUGGCCAAGCGGCUGCAGGCGAGUGGAUGUUUUUAA